CUGCUGUAAAAGCUUUUCAGGAUGCAAGAAAGAAACCGUCCAAAGACACUCCUUUGAAAAAGGCUAAGUCAGAAGAACAGCCUAAAUCAGUGCAACAUUUCAAUAGCAAUUUCGAUGACCAAGCUCUUAAACUAGUUCAGAAACAGCAGGGAUGUGAACACAAACCAAAAGUUAGUACAGAAGUAGAAACUGACAGGGUGGCUGAAGAACUUGGUGAGAGUGAAUCUAAGCAGAAAACUGUGGAAAUGGAGAGUGCAAAUGCUCCAGAAAAAUCUUCAUUUCAGGCAGUAGAAAUGCAAGCAGUUGCUAAGAAUAAAACAGGAAAGAAACUUGGCUAUCAAAAAAGGAAAGAAAAUAUAAGCAUGAACAAAUUAAAUGCAGUAAAAGAAAAAACUGAUUAUAGUGACAAGGAACAGCCUAAUGAAGAGGAGUACUUUGAUGAUAGUACUGAAGAGAGGUUUUAUAACCAGUCAUUGGAUUCUGAUAGUGACAGCAAUGAUGAUUUCUUCAUUGGCAAAGUGAAAAGAAAGAAAAAGGUAGCAGCAGUUAGUGGUCUUUCUUCAGCCAAAGAGAAGGAUAGACUUCAGAAAAACAUAGCAAAGAAAGAAAAGAACAUAGCGCAGGAUUUGAUCAUGGAAGAAGGAAAGCCAGAUGCAAAAGCAAGCAAGCUGGAAUCAAUGUUCUGCAGUUCUUUGUCUACCUCUAAUCAUAAAUCUCAGAACAGAAGAAGAAAUACUAAAGACCAGCCUCUCAAAAAGGGAAGAACAGCUCUUCUUAAAAAGGAACCACAGCUCAAGAAGCAACCAUUUGCAAAACCUGUAGGUAUUAAACAUGAUAGUAAGAAAGCAUGUUUGGAGCAGCCUCUUCAUCCGUCAUGGGAAGCAAGCAAGAGACGUCGGGAACAAAUGUCUCAAAUCACAGCAUUCCAAGGGAAAAAGAUUAUAUUUGAUGACUAA